AUGGACGGAAAGGAAAAGCACCAUGGCUCGGCGUUCUACUUCGCCAUCCCUCGUCCGACGACUCUGGCCCGCUCAUGGACCGUCUUCCUUCUGGACCAGCUGAUGACAUACAUAAUCCUUGCCGCCGGAACAGUGUCGACGGAAAUACUAUAUUUGGCAUACAAGGGCGACGUGAAUGUUACAUGGAGUGAAGCUUGCAGUGUCUUGGACACCUUCUGCCGACGAGCCACCACCUCAGUCGGGAUCACCUUCGGCUCGGCGGUUUGCUAUGUGCUGCUCUCCCUUGUCUCGUCCUACCGCCUUUUCAGCACCUUUGCAGCCCCCGUCCCCUUCCUGAGCAGCAAGAGCCUGGAGAUAGCAGCCUUCCCUAGCUGAACACCACCAUUAAGCUUUCCCCCUGCUUAUCUAUAUAGUCUGUGUUAUGCCGUUCACUGUUGCAGAAGUGCAGUACUUAAUGUGUGUCGAGUUUAAUCUAUGCAGUGCUCUCUGAAGGAUUAUGAUUAUAUUCGCUUGAGUUUAAUCUAAAUGAUGAGGAGUUGAUUUGGAAAAUGAUUUUGUAUGAAUUAUCAAUGUAAUAUGUCAUAUGAAUGUCCAGUGGCCCUUCUUUUCAUUCUUCA